AUGGUUCAGGGAAAUUUGAUUGGUGGGGAGGUUGGAAACAAGGCCAACAAGAAACCAGCGGCUCGGUUGAAGAUCACGGUUCCACGAUUUGACAACUCAGAGUUGAUCAGGGGUUACUCCCGGACUCUGAUUGGCCGCUGUAUGAACCUGGCGGCUCAAGACGUCCAGGCAUUACUACACCAUAUGCCUCGGUUCUGGAAAAUGGAGGAGCGAGUGGCGGGAGCAGAUCUUGGGAUGGGAAGAUUCCAAUUUGAUUUUGAUAAGGAGGAGGAUAUCAAGGAGGUUUUCAAACUGGAGCCAUUCCAUUUUGAUUAUUGGAUGGUUUCACUUGUGAGGUGGGAGCGGGUGAUGGAAGCUACGUACCCGUCAGCCAUCAAGUUUUGGGUCAGAAUGAUGGGCAUCCCGCUCCAUUUUUGGGCUGAACCCACUUUCCGGAGUAUUGGAGAGGCCAUUGGAGAAGUGAUCGAGGUGGAUAUUGAUGGCGGAAGGGUACGUGUGUGUCUUGAUGGAUACAAACCAUUGGUCUUCGAGACCACAGUUGAGUUCCACAGUGGUGAGGAGACGGUGGUGGCGUUACGGUACGAGCGGUUGUUUGGUUGGUGCUGUGAAUGUUCGAGUUUGUGUCAUGACGUCCUCCAAUGCCCGGAUCUCCGGAGAGCUAGAGAGGAACGGGACAAUCAGAGGCGGAGAGAUGAGAAGCCUGACAAUGGUGCUCAAAGUUACAAGUGUGCGGUCUUGAAUGGAUCUGGUGGUGAAAAUACAAACCUGAGGCAGCCUUCUAAUGUCGUGGAGGGAGAUAUCAAAGGCAAAGGAAAGGUGACCGAGAUGAGGGAAGACAAAGGCAAGCGAGUGCCGGCUUUUCGUGGGAAUGGGAAGCAUGGUGGAGAAAGUUCCGGAUCCCAUCGGAGACCGGCGGGAUACGUUCCUCCGGAGCAGAGGAAGAGAGUCAAUCGGCCAACUGGUGGUUUCCGCAAUUUGGCGAUUCAGCCUGCUGCCCCUCCGGCGAUCGUAAGUGGAACUAGGGAUCCAAGCCCAAGUCAACAUUCGGCUAAGAAGGUGAGGAAGGCACUUGACUUUUCUGCUGUUGAGGCAGGGUUGGAUGAUGUGAGAACCAAGCCUGAUGAUGCUGUAGCGGAGAAAGUUGGGGAAAAUGAUUUUCCGGCAACUGCAGUUCCUGCAAUUGACGAAGUGGUUCCAAUGGUGGAGGGCGUGGAGAUACAAGAGGAGGGUGAAGAUGGAGAAAUUUGGUGGAAUGAGGUGACUGAGGGAGAGGAAACCGAGAAGGCAGUGGAGAAUAUAGAGGAGCAGGCGGAACCGGAGGAUGGUACUGAUAUGCAGAUGGAGGAGAGUGAACAGGGGAGCCGGCUUGACGUUAAGCAAUAUGUGGAGGUGGAAGCAAAAGAGGUGGGGAAGGGAAAGCAGGCUGUGGAGAGAAAGGUGGGUGCCAAAAAGAAGACUUUUAGGACUACGGUUGGUGGUGGAGGCGGCCCUUUACGGAGGAUGAUCCAAGGUGGGAAGACACCACGGCGUAAGGCGCCGAUGUCAGUGAAGGAUACUCGGAAAGGCGGAGACAAAGGGGCAGGGAAGGAGCUCGAGGAGAACCCGUCGGAGGGAUCGGCGACCAUGUCUAAAAUUGGUUAA